AUGCUUCGUUCUCUUUUGUCUCAACGCACCUCAGUUGCCCGCAUUGCCCGCCCUGCACUCAACCAAACUUUCCUCAACGAACGUUUAUCCCAAAAUGACCCCGAGAUGUUUGACAUCAUCGAAAAGGAAAAAAAGAGACAGCGUGAGAGUGUUGUCUUGAUCCCAUCAGAGAACUUUACCUCUAGAGCUGUCAUGGAUGCUCUUGGCAGUGUCAUGCAAAACAAGUACUCUGAAGGUUAUCCCAAUGCAAGAUAUUAUGGUGGAAAUGAGUUCAUUGACAUGUCCGAACUUCUCUGCCAAAAGAGAGCCUUGGAGGCCUUUAAUCUCUCUACUGAGGAAUGGGGUGUGAAUGUCCAGGCCUUGUCGGGUGCACCUGCAAACCUGUAUGUUUAUGGAGCUAUCAUGAAACCCCAUGAUCGUUUGAUGGGUCUUGAUCUUCCCCACGGUGGACAUUUGUCGCACGGUUAUCAAACCCCCACAAAAAAGAUUUCUGCUGUCUCUACAUAUUUCGAAACAUUGCCCUACCGCCUCGAUGAAUCAACUGGCCGUAUUGAUUAUGAUGCUCUGGAAGCAAAUGCUCUCUUGUACCGCCCCAAGGUCAUCGUGGCCGGUGCCAGUGCAUACUCUCGCAAUAUCGAUUACGCCCGCAUGAAACAGAUUGCAGACAAGGCUGGUGCUUACUUGAUGGCUGACAUGGCCCACAUCUCUGGUAUGGUUGCUGCCGAUCUCUUGCCUUCUCCUUUCAAGUACGCUGAUAUUGUUACCACCACCACCCACAAGUCUCUCCGUGGUCCUCGUGGUUCAAUGAUCUUCUUCCGCAAGGGUAUUCGUAGUGUCGACAAGAAGGGAAAAGAAAUCCUUUAUGAUCUCGAGAACCCCAUCAACCAGUCCGUCUUCCCUGGCCACCAGGGUGGACCUCACAACCACACCAUCUCUGCUCUCUCUGUAGCCUUGAAGCAGGUCAAGUCCCCCUUGUACAAGGAAUACCAGCAGCAGGUUCUGGUCAACAACCAGGCCUUUGCCACCGCAUUCUUGGACCUCGGUUACGACCUCGUCUCCGGCGGCACCGACAACCACCUGUUGCUCGUCAACCUCAAGGCCAAGGGUAUUGACGGUGCACGUGUGGAACGUAUUCUGGAGCUGGUCAACAUUGCUGCCAACAAGAACACUGUCCCGGGCGACAAGAGUGCCCUGAUCCCCGGUGGUCUGCGUGUCGGUACCCCAGCAAUGACCAGCCGUGGAUUCAAGCCUGAGGACUUUGGCAAGGUCGUGUCCUUUAUCGACCGUGCCGUGACCAUCGCAAUCAACGAAAAGGCCAAGGUCAAGGGAACCAAGCUUGCCAACUUUAAGGAACACAUUGGCGAUGGAUCCCAGCUUGAGGAUGUCCAGGCAUUGAAGAACGAGGUCGCUGAAUUCAGCCGUGCCUUCCCCACUGUUGGUUUCUAUGAGAACGAGAUGAAGUACGAGUAA